AUGGCCAAGGCUCUGUCCUCCCUCUCAAUUCUACUUGUGGUUCUCUUCCAUUGCAUCACAACUUCAGCCCAGCCGGCUGUGGCUCCAGCCAAGCCCGCCGACUCCCCGGCUCCGCCCGCCAAUGCCCCAGCUCAGCCCGCCAGUCCCCCGGCUCAGCCUGCCCUUCCCCCAGUCCAGCCGGCCGCCAAAGCCCCAGCCCCAGCCCAGCGUGCCCUGGUCCCGGUGACCAAAGUGCUUCUCCCGUUGGACAUUUUCAAUCCUAAGCCUAAAAAAGUAGCAGCAGGGCUAGCCCCCGUAGUCGCACCAACAUCGUCGAAGCCUAAGCCAACAAAAGAGGACGCUCCGCUGACUCCGUCUGCCGCUGCCAAAGUGGAUGAGGCUGCUGCAGUAAGUCUCACUAGGCAUGGAAUGUUGGAGUCCAUUGGAGUUGCCGUGGUUGCAUUCUUUGUGAUCAAACGAACUUGA